AUGCCAAGAACCAAAUCUUCCGCUCGUUACCGUGGUCGCCCGGAGCUCUUCGACGCCGUCAUUGCUUGUAAGUCCCUAGUGUCGCCGUCGCCACCUCGCGAGCCAGUCCCAACCAAGCGCCGCUGUGCUCCAGAUUCAUCUCCGCCGGUUGCGAAAAGGGCACGAACCCGAGGGCAACUCAAAGCCCUUGCUGAAGAGUCGAAUCGCGGUAAUGCCACCAUGCCAAGUUCUUCGGCUAUUUCCGUUGAUCUCACCUGCGCCGAAACUGUGCCAGACUCAGACGAGGAAGCCGAUUCAUCGUCUUCUGAACCGAAGGUUCCGACGGCUGAGAAAAGCCAAUCGCCACCAUCUGCAACGACGCCGCCGGAAUCGUCAUCUUCUCCGUCAGAAUCCAACUCGUCCUCGUCUGCAGCAUCUCCGGUGGAAUCAUCACGGUCCGAUCAAGAGUCAUUGUCAUCCGAAUAUGAACCGUCACCACGCGAGCACGUGCCAUCUCCUCCGGUCAGCUUGUACGACUCGGAUUCUGCUUCCGAUUCGUCUUCCACACAGUGGAAUUGGGAGUUUCGAUCUGCUGAGAACCUUGAUGUCUCCUUGAUGCGCUUCAUCAAAGGCAAGAACAAGCUUCCUUACGAUCCUCUUGAUCUGCGAAGUAAGUACCGGUAUGAGCUGUCACGUGUUGAGGCUGCUAAUCCUUCACAGUCCGAGCCAUCAUCACCUCCUUUAUCUGAGCAGUUUCUCAAUUCCGACAGUGAAGCUCGCUAUAUUCAUCAUGUCGCUCAGCAUCUGGUUGCCGUAGCCAGUGGUUCAGACAAGACCAUUCCGUUUCCCUCUCUGAUUUAUCAGGUGCUACAGUAUCAGAGAGAGGUUCCUGUGUAUCCACAUGAAGUGUCUGAGCCAAUCAAACCGUACAAAGCUGUUCCAAAGAGUGGUAUGGGAAGGAGACAACAUCCAGUUCCAGGGCAUGUGUAUGGAGUCAAUCUUGUGGCUGACCUCAGGAAGCAGGCUCAAGUUCUCCUUGACAUUGCUGAUCGGAUUGAAGGGGGAGAUUACUCUAGUAUUGCACAAGCACAAGCUGCUGUGGCUGGUGGAUCCGAGCAAGGCACUGRUGCUGAUGUUGAGGGGGAGACUAAUGGUGAAAACGUASCUGAGGAGUCCAAGAGUCAGUCUUUCUGA